GCGGGUGGGGCCUGGCUCGGAACAGAGAGGCAGACUGUGGUCACUGACCGGAGACUCUGCUGGCUUUUAUUCUACUGAAAUCAGACCGCAUGUCUGACCCAGGGGUCCGCCUGCUGCCCGGAGCAAACUGCACGCAUUUCUUCAACACAUUUAACGGACGCUGCGUUGGCGAAGGGGAGGAGGAGGAGGAUGAAAACAUCGCCUGAUAUAUUUUUUUAACGUUUUCGCUCAUAGCCUAUUUAUGGGAGGCAGCAGCGGCUUGGUCCUUUCUUUAUUAUAGGAGCGAGAUCUAUGCGGUUAGCUAUGUGAAGAGCAGAUCGCCUAGCAAUUCUCGUUUCGUGAUCCUGACGAACAAUUAUGAACAACGCUCAAGAUAUGUCGCCCGAUUUUGUGUUGAUGCGCCUGGUUUCCGUGGCCGAGGAUGACCGCUUGGACGCAGAAAACGGGAAUCUGCCGCCGGGAGGAGUGGUGGCAGGGCUGGGGAAGGAGGUCCUGGCUCACAGCGGCGUCAAAGCGGGUUUGGAUAUAAGCCGAGAUCCAACGGAGGGCCUCCAGCAUCCCAGCAGCCACCUGAACAAAGCACAGCCGAGCACCGAGGGCACGGCUGCACCUGACUCUGGGGUGACGGAGAGCCGAGCCACACUGUCCGCGCCUCCGCCGCCGCAGAGCUCCAUGGAGGCCCAGGGGUUUGACUUCGCUCCCAGCCCCGGCCUACGGCCUCAGUUGCUAGUCUUCUCCAAUAUAAUGCGGAACGGAGAGGGGAUUUUGGAAUUAGACCGUCGGAAUCAGCCGAGGGAUGCUCUGGAUCAGAGCCCGGGAUCUGGCUGCUCCAGCCCAGCGGUCAAUAACAACACUCUGAGUGUCAGAGAGGUUCAGCAGCAGCAGCAGAACCUGCUAGACAGGACAUGGGGAGCGCAUUCGCCAGCCUCUGUGGAGAUGCAGGGAGCGGCUGAGCUAUGCCACCGGCAUCGACUCAUCGCCACUACGCCAGAGUGGCCCGUGUUGACGGAGAGAUCUAACCCUCUCACCGUGAUUGACUCUAAAUGGGGAUGCGCCACCAGGGACAGGGAAGGAGCCGUGUUUGAGCUGGCCCGGCGGUUCGGGGAGCUUGGGGUUGGCGCGGUACCCAAAAUGCUGUUCAAAGCAGGCGAGCUCCCACACUGUUCGUGUCAGAGUGCACAUAGGCCGGCAGGAGGGGGAGUAGAGCCCGGCGAUGACCCAACAGAGACUAGCGACGCAUUGUUGGUGCUGGAAGGGCUGGGGAACGGGGACGUUGACGGUUUGGACAUGGACGAGUGUCCGGAGGAUGAGGCAGAUGAUGAAAACGGACGCCGGGAGUUUUUACUCAACAGGAAAAGGGAAAUAGUUCAGAAAAUGUCCGGGGCUUUCUCCAUCAGCAGUUUUCAAGUGGAACUGAGGAGGCAGGUGGAGGAGACGGCGACAGAAGCAGCGGCUGCGGCGCACAUUGCCACGCAGGUGUGCAGCCUCCACGGGAACUUAUCCGGCCGGCUCUCGCAGGUAAGCUGUGGGAAUACAGAGGUUGUCACGCAUGCUUCAGCCAAGUCAUCGUCGACUACCCCGGCCCAGAGCUCGCCCUGGGCCACAAGCCCGAACCUGAGCCAGGCAUCGACACCCAGAAGGCGGCCGGAGCGGUGCGCCAGUGCGCCCCGGACUCCCACGGGCAGGGCCACGGGCGGGGAAAAGAUGCUCAAAGUUCCAGGGAAGUCAAAAAAGGGCUCGUUAAAGAUCAGACUGAGCAAAUUGUUCCGGACUAAAAGCUGCAGCGGCUCCAGUCACCUUUUGGACAAAAGGCCCUCAGUGACUUAUUCAGUAUCUUCUGCCGGGAGUCUGGUGGACAUGGCGUGUGCAGCGGGUGCUGAGCAGGAUGCAGACAGCCACAGCCAGCCCAGACUGACCAGGGCCCACAGUGCCUUUUCCCCAGCCUCCCUCUCUGCCUCUCUCUCAACUUUCACUGGUGAGACCGUUUCUCUAGUGGAUGUGGAUAUUUCACGGCGAGGGGCGAAUACGCCACACCCACACCCACCUACACCUCCACCCCCUCCUCGUCGAAGUCUCAGUCUCUUAGACGACAUAGCCGGGCCCCAGCCUGGGCCUUUCCUAGUGAGCGUCAUGGGCGCCUCUCUGCAGUCUCUUCCUCUGCCUCUCCCUCCUCCUCCUCCUCCUUCCCACACUACCAUCCAGCACAGUCUCAGCCUCAAUGAUGCUUUCCUACGGGCCCUUCCUCAUUCCAACCCAUCAUCAGCUGAUGGUCCACCCCCCAUCAGACAGGCCCCACCCCCCAUGCUGUGUGCCCUGCGGCGGUCGGAAGCCAGCAACUUCACCGCCAGUCUGAGAGAACUGGAGAAGUGCGGCUGGUACUGGGGUCCCAUGAAUUGGGAGGAUGCGGAGAUGAAGCUGAAGGGUAAACCAGACGGAUCCUUCCUGGUUCGUGACAGCUCAGACCCUCGGUACAUCCUGAGCCUCAGCUUCAGAUCACAGGGAGUCACACACCACACUCGCAUGGAGCACUACAGAGGGACGUUCAGUUUGUGGUGUCACCCGAAGUUUGAGGACCGCUGUCACUCUGUGGUGGAGUUCAUCGAGCGAGCCAUCAUGCACUCCAAAAAUGGGAAAUUCCUCUACUUCCUCCGCUCCAGAGUCCCAGGACUACCUCCCACUCCGGUUCAGCUGCUGUAUCCUGUGUCUCGCUUCAGCAACGUGAAGUCACUUCAACAUCUCUGUCGCUUUUGCAUCCGACAAAUAGUCCGCAUCGACCACAUCCAAGAGCUUCCACUGCCGAGACCGCUGAUCUCCUACCUGAGUAAGUUUUAUUACUAUGACCCUGAGGAGGAGAUGUACCUGUCAAUCAAGAGCAUCCGGAGGGUAGUGGGAGUAGGGCAGGAGGCCGAGUCGCAGACGUAGCAGCAGAGCUCUUCUCAGCUUGAGUUUUGCUGUGGAGGACUGUACUGUCUGUACUGGUCUACCAGUCUUCCAGCAUCGGCCAUUCAGAGUCCCUGGAAAUCUGUGUGUCCAAUGUGACUGGGAUGGAUCCUCCUAUGUGUGGAUUUGGACUAAUGAGAGGAAUGAUGUGUGCUUGCAGUUGAAUCGUGGUGCAUAUGCAGUGGACUCAGUGACUUCUGAGGAGGGACUGUAGAGAUACGCUCACCUGAAAACAUGUCGACAGGCACAAAAACAGAGCCUGAAUUAUGAACUCAAUUUCCUGAACCUGUUGAAAUGGACUUUUAAAACACAAUGCACUGGUCAAUUUGUACAACUGUUGUUUGCUGCCAUUUCCUUGUUUUUCCUUCCAUUUUGUCAAAAAAAGGGAUUUUGGAUUAAAAGAUGUCCUCAGUGCUGGUAUACACACAGAGGCAGGGCCACAGAGGCCUGUCAAAUCA